CAAAUCGUGUAUCAGGCCAGGCGUGGUAACGUUAGAUCGAGCAGAGUACUUCUGCAGCGCUAAAAUAGUAGACACCUUUUCUAAAAUCAGUUUUAUUCUACUGGCGCAUUGUUGGUAUGAAUGACUUUUUUCUGUCGCAAUGCCCAUGAUGACUAUGACCUCUAGCUCUCCGACUAGUGACCGACUGACAAAAUUGGUGUUGUAGCAUCUCUCUUGAGAUAUAACUUGGCACCGGAAUUUACCGUCCAUUGCCUCCAAGAUGCUCUGAACAAAGCUAGCGAAGAACUCUCCCCGCUAGCGAGGCCUCGAGGAGAGGACCAGGCCACCGGAAAAAGUCAGAGUGCUACAACAACGGGCCAGUCAUGCAGAAGAACGCAGCCAAGUUGGUCCUUGCUGUGGUUGCCAUUGUCGUCGUUCAGAAUGUACUCGUGUGUAGCACAGCAGUGAUAUCAACACCAACCAGCUCACCCGGCUGUUCCCUAUCGACUGGUAAUACAUCGCAACUUGACGGACCUGGCUGUCGAAAUGAAUCCGAUGUGACGGUGCCGUGGGGUUGUCCCAAGCCGGUGCCAGUUGUUCUCGGCAACUUUCAACAGCUGAACAGCCAUCCUCGCCAGCUCAGCUUGCUCUUUUCCUUCAGCGACGUCGAUGGCUAUCCAGAAGCAUGUCUCGCUCGGUUCAGUCUCGUCCUCCCGAACGGCACUGAACAGCACUGCAUGUGUCUGUACAUAGCGUUGACAGACCUGGCCAAGACAACGCUGAUUGUUUCAGACAACAGCCUUCAAUCCUGUGUUGCCAGUGCUGGCUUCUCCGAUGUAUACUAUCGACCGGCUCUGUCAGUAGUAUUCACGGCUUUGCCGUUGGUGAAUGCAACAGAACCGGGUAGACAGAUAGUAUCAGGCACCAUCCUUUUGAAAAGCUGCGUUGAGAACUAUUGCCUUCCCGAUCAUUGCCUCGAACGUUGUGUUCCUCUCAGGCCCGACAUUAUGGUGCAGAACUCAAGCGAUGACGGGAUCAGCAUUGAUAUUCUCUCCAAGCCCCGCUUCCCGGUGACAUCUGAGGGCACAGUCAACGUCACGUACAUCGGGUACCAUGUUCUGGUGACGUCACUGCAGGAUGACGAUGACAUCAUAGCAAACUUCACUGCAUGGCCGAUUGAAAAUACUAGCUUCUUCGUCACAGUUCCAGAAAGACUCAGAUACUCUUCUCUGCGCACGAAGGUAAGAGUGGUGGCCAAGAGAGAUAUCAACCUGACACUAUCUUAUCUUCUGCUGGGUGAGAUCCAGACCUUUCUGUUCAUAAUUGUAAAUGGAACCUGGUCGCCAUGGCAAACUGGAGCUUGCUCUGCGGCCUGUGGAAAUGGCACCAGGGUAUCCACGCGUUACUGCAUCGAACCACAGAACGGUGGAGUUGACUGCGUGCCGAGGAACACCACACAUGUCCAGCGUUGCUAUCUGAGAGAGUGCUUACCACCACACUGGUCAAAUUGGGAGAGGACAUCCCCAUGUGUGCUCUGUCAGCCUGCUAUGUAUACUCGCCAAUGCUUGGCCGACCCACCACCGGAGCUGGUGAACACGACCGAAUGCGGCGAACACUACGUAGAAAGACGAGAUUGUCCGUGCAACUCCACUUCGCCAUCCAACAUCAAUACAUACUUUCCACUAAUAUUUACCUUACCAGUGGUGUUAGCCAUCACGGUCCUCGUGGUUAUCUGCCGUAUACGACCGCACGUUAAGACGUCACUUCGUGAUUGCUUUCGCCGCUUCUGCUGUCAUUGUUACUGCCACUGCUGCUUGCAAAGUCCAGGUCACCGUCUGCAAAGGAACGAUCUUGAAAUGGAUGAGCUCUUGGGAAGCGGUCACCACAUGCGCACACAGACCAUGCCACUCGCCAGUGCCCUAGUGGAAAUGCGACGGCGGCUAGAGUUCGAAAGUUGCAUAGAAGAUCAGGCAAUGUGCAUCUACAUCAGCCACGAUAGGCAGUCCGAUGCGCCGGUCAUACGCCUAGCCAGCCACAUGACAAGUGUGUCUGGCUGCCAGGUAUCAGUCGAUGUACUCCAGUUGGAGGAGAUCAGAAAUGCCCAGCUGCAUGCACACCCAACCGACUGGCUGGAGAAGACGCUCUUCUGCAACCAGGACGUAAACGAUCCAAGCAGAAUGGAGGACUGUGAAUGCCACAAUGGAAUCGGAGCGUGUCACCACUUGCCAAACUCCAUCCUCUUCUUCUGCACACCGGCUAUGAAGGAGUACUUUGACGUGCACGAGUCACAGCACCAGCAUUUAGAAGUUGUUGACGGCGAUGCUGGCAUUCCAGGCCAGCAUGGCUAUCGCAUGUUCCUGGAUAUGGAGAUGAACAUAGCGUCCCAAAACAUGUCCAAUGUCAUCGCUGUUGUACCAGCAGGCCGUGAUGGUUGCGCAGACUUGUCAUGUCUGCCAGAUUCCCUUCAAUGUGCACUGGUGGCUGUUCAUAAUGACCAAGUCGAUGAGAUGGCGGAUGAUUUAUUGGCAGCAGAUCAUGGACCGGUGGCUAGGGAGGAGCAAGCAGAGGGAGAGAAUGAACAACCUAAUGAGGAAUUGGACCGGCGUGAUGAGGAAUUGGACCGGCGUGAUGAGGAUUUGGACCGGCCAAAUGAGGGGUCGGACCAGGGAUCACCUGAAUGUGAAGUGGCCGCCUGCUAGUCUAUAAUUAUUAUGUCUAAAUCGGUCACUAUCCAAUGGCAAUGGUUGAGUGCCAGCAAGAAAGCAUCAACACCGCAGGUCAUGUGCUUGGUAAACUUCUGCAUGCUGUAUCACAUGCGUGCACACACACACACACACACACACACACACGCACACACACACAUACAUACGUGCGCACGCACGCAUGUGCACACACAUACACACACCACACACACACACACGCACACACACGCACACACACACACACACACACCAAUAGCUGACUGGGUUUUCCUCACUUGAGCAGAGUAUUUGAAACUUUACUUGACGAGUCCUGUACUGACAUAACUCAACUCCUCCAGAGCACAUCCUUACCUAUGUUCAGUGUUCAGUAUUAUUUUGGAAUCCGACCAUGGCCUAUUAGACCUUCCACCGCCAUUCUACUCUGUUACAACUCCAGUAUUUCGUACCAUAUUUUUUAAAGCUUUUCUCCAUCAUCACAGUCAUGAUUUGCGAAUCAAUCACUGUACAUUUUGUUCACCAGCCUAUCUUGAGCUCGA